AAGGGGAUUGAGGAGAGAUGGAGACGAAGUCAGUUCAAGCGUGCAUUUCCAGGCUGGCCACCCCUUGGUAACAAGGACAGCUGAUUGCUUGGUUUCCUUAAGCUGUCUCCCUGGAGGAGGUAUAAGGUGCCACACCCCAGGACAGCCUCCUAAAUGAGGAGAGGAGAGGAUCUACUCCUCAGCGCCUUUGUCUCCCUGGUAGAAGGUUUGCCCCGUGGCACCUCAGCUCCACCAGGUGUGCAGGUUGUGCACGUGUGGGCAUCAGAUGGUGAAACGUCAUUUAGAGAGAUGAUGUGAUUUUUCUCUUGGUCAAGACCUCGUGGGUGAUGGAGCCAGAAAUCACCACUUGGAAUGUCAGCUCUUAAACACCGUCUUGGAGCGCUGCGUGGGGAGUCAUACUGGUUGACGCUCAUAGAUUUGUGGUCCUACUGUGAGUGAGCAAGCUGAAGACGUACAGCAUGCAGAUGUGCUGAGGCCCAACUUCCUAGGGUCUGCAGCGGGUGGGGCACUCAGGUAGCGGGUCAGCCAUCUGCAGCUGCUUUUUCUGAGGAGGUCAACCUGGAUCAACAUGUCUGGGACUGAAGAAGCAAUUCUUAGCGGCCGUGACAGCCAUCCUGCUGGUGGCAACUCUGUAUUAUGCUUUGGUCAGUACCAAUACACAGCAGAAGAGUACCAGGCCAUCCAGAAUGCUCUGAGGCAGAGGCUGGGCCCAGAAUACAUAAGUAGCCGCGUGGCUGGAGGAGGCCAGAAGGUGUGUUACAUCGAGGGUCACAGGGUAAUUAAUCUGGCCAAUGAGAUGUUUGGCUACAAUGGCUGGGCACACUCUAUCACACAACAGAACGUGGAUUUUGUUGACCUUAACAAUGGCAAGUUCUACGUGGGCGUCUGUGCGUUUGUGAGAGUCCAGCUGAAGGUGAGGGUGAUGGAGGGGACGUGCUGCCUGCAGGCACGGGGCAGGUGGGAGAGUGAGCAGGAUGGUUCGUAUCAUGAGGACGUGGGCUAUGGUGUUAGCGAGGGCCUCAAGUCCAAAGCCUUGUCUUUGGAAAAGGCGAGGAAGGAGGCAGUGACCGAUGGGCUGAAGCGAGCACUGAGAAGUUUCGGGAAUGCACUUGGGAAUUGUAUUCUGGACAAAGACUACCUGAGGUCGCUAAACAAGCUCCCACACCAGCUGCCUCUUGAAGUGGAUUUAACUAAAGCAAAGAGACAAGACUUUGAACCAUCUGUGGAACAAGCCAGAUAUAGCAGCUGCCGACAGAACCUGACUCUGGGACCCCCCAAACCACAGGAGGUGACGUCCCCUUGCAGACCAAGCCACCACGUUGUGAUGCAGGGGACGAGGACAGCAGCUCCGGGUGCGGGCUGCGUGCCCUCCCCGCCCCUGCUCCUUCCCAGAAGCCCGACCUCCGCUGCCACAGAGAGCAAUGCCACGUACCAGCGGAAGCUCCGGCAAAGACAGCUGCAGCAGCGGUUCCGGGAGCAGAUGGAGAAACAGCAGCAGGAACCCCUGUCUGGCCCACCUGCUGAGAAGCAGGGUCCUGCAGCGCUGCCACCGGUGCCACCUGCCGGAACUGCUGCUUCAGAGCCGCUCACCCAGACAGACGUGCUUCCAGCACCUCGUUUGUUGAUGCUGCAUUUGCUUGUGACCUGUGUCCUUGCAGACAGUCUUGAAAUGUGGGACAUGGCUCUAGAUGCAGGGGACAGUGUGGUCAAACCCUUGUCUAAACCAGAACCGCCACAGGCCCCUGCCACCGCCGUCCUGCAGAACGAGAUGGAGACCCGGAACAGGACCCCACAGAGCCUUUGCCACCAGAAUCCACAGGCAAAAUCUGGACCCUGGCACCUUCAAACUUACAACCUUAACCAACACAUAACAGGAGACUAUGAUUCAUAUAGGAAGAACCAGGACACGAAGAAAAGGAAAUUGGAUCCAUCUUGACCAAGGCUCCGUUCACCUCACUGGAUUCUGUCACAAAGGGACUUUCAAAAACCGCUUGUUGGUCAUGAAAUGACUCAUCAUUCCUAGGGAAUGAGCUUUACCUCCGGGGAUUUACCUUGCUUCAUGCUCAACUUCGCUAGAGGAUUUCACUAUUGGAACCUGACGCAGAUCAAGCUGGGCAGGUUGGGAAGCCCUGCGGAGAUUAAACACCACCUUUUCUUUGGCUCUUCACUAUUUAUUCCUAAGCUUUCAUGUUAACAAAGGUAGAAAUUCUAGGAAUCACAGUGGCCACUUUCCCCACGCACCAACCUCCACAGCGGCCUGCGGUAUGUCACUCUGUGUGACCUCUGACCCCUUUCGCUGCCACUCAUCUACAACCAUCUGUCACUUAUAGGCUCAUCAUGAAACUACCUCCAUUUUUUCCUAAUAAGAAGGAAAUAAUCUAAGACCAAACAAAAGGCAUUUUAAGAAAGCAAAAUAAAAUCCUACUUUGUAACAAAA